GCUGGAGCUGCCACGUCUGCUGCGCCGAGCGGCCGGCCCGCGCCUCGGCUCCACGUGUGGCGGAGCGGGGAAGUUGCCGGCGGCCGGUUCGGGCUCUGCCCGUCCCUCCGACAUGAGUUCGGUUCAUAGUCCUUUGGUUCUCAUCGCUGGUUACCUGUAAGAGAUCGGUUUUGUUUUCUGUUCUUUCGAAACCGGCUAUGGUUCAAACCGGCUUUUAAAGCAGCAGGAAUUGGAUGUUCUCAGCCACGGAGAUUUCCAUUCCAAGGUCCCCAUCCUGCCUGAGUUUCUUGUGCAGCCAACCCCUUGAAGGAGUAGGAAUUCUUCAACCUCUUUCAAAAGACUGUGGACCGUUUCCUGCUGUGCAACUCCCUUCUCUCUCCCAUUUCAACGAACAAAAGAUCCUAAGAGGAGGAUGAGGCAGCUGAGAGGAAAACCCAAAAAAGAGACCUCCAAAGAUAAAAAGGAGAGGAAACAGGCAAUGCAGGAGGCCCGGCAACAGAUCACCACCGUCGUGCUGCCCACGCUGGCGAUUGUAGUACUGCUGAUUGUUGUGUUCGUGUAUGUAGCCACUCGCCCAAACACGACAGAGUGAUGCAGCUCCUCACACUCCCAGCCUUGGGGUUUUAACCAAGAGCCAGAAGGAACCCACUGCCGCUCCCUUAGUACUUCACAGAGGAACUUGUCAACUUCUCACUCUUUCUCUCAUAGGGUCCCGUGGAGUCUCUUUGGGAAUGUAACGUAAAACGUAUUUGUGAGCGUGCCAGUACGUUUUAUGGUCAGUUCAUGUGCCUUUCAGACUUUAAAACAGUGUUUUUCUGAAAUCCAUUGGAAGCUCUAGAUUGUAAAAGGAAAUUGGGCUCUGCUAUAAAUUUGUAUAAAAUCAGCUUUCAGCUUUUAUCACUGUUACAGAUAAUGUUGCUUCCAUGAGCUCCUGGAUGUCUGUUUCAGAACUUCCAAAGAAGUGCAUUUCUUCUUUGUACUUACUGUCAUAAGAAGUGCUUUGAUUCAGAAAGGAGAUAUUUAUUUUUUUGAAUAAAAGAGAGAAGUCUUGGAAUCUUCAAAUUAUUUUGCAAAGAAUGUGACUUAUUGUGAAAGCCGACAUUGUGUAGUGAUUUUUUUUCAUUAAACACACUAGAGUUCACCCAAACCCAGUUCCUUUUGCUGUGAGAUGCCACCACAUCAAUUGAAUUCUUCAGGAUCUGCCAAAAGGAAUCUUACAGAGGUUGGAAAUGGAGGUUUCUACCAGUUUAUGGGAAAGUAACUAACAAUGAGUGAUGUGAACACAGUUGUUUAUCUGAAUGUUAAAUAUUUAAAUCUGUGUAAGUGGCAAUAAAUGAUGAUUUUGGAUACAA